CCUCAUAUAUUUUCAGUAAAUCAAUUGUGAGAAAAACAUAAAUGGCUGCCUCAGCUUUAUUUCACAGCCUAUACUCCAUAACCACGCACCAUUCAAAAUACACCGAACUUGAAACCUUGUCUCUCGCCCGCUCUCGGUUGUUCCCUUCCGAUUCAUUUUUGGGUUUGAAGAAGCAAUCUCUGAAUUCACAGCUUCGAUUUAGGAAGCUCACGACCCAGAAAUCUGCUUCCUUCCCCGUAGUAUUCGCUGCACAAACUAACUUCUUGAAAGUUAUUCAAACUGCAUGGAAGGUUGCAAGGGAUGGAAUUGAGGCAGGAACCAAUUUGGUACCGGGUUCUAUACCAAGACCGAUAGCAAGGAUUUCAGUGACUGUAGCAGCAUUGGCAGUUUCGCUCUUCGUUCUCAAAUCUUUCUUGUCUACGGCUUUCUUUGUGCUGGCCACCAUGGGACUUGUAUAUUUUACAUUCAUAGCUUUGUAUAAAGAUGAAGGACCAAGAGGAGGUGGAGACACAAAGUUCACCAAAGACACUCCUACCUCCACUGAAGACGCUCUGGAAGAAGCCAGAAGAAUCAUGGAAAAGUACAAGUGAUCUAUUCUUGCCCAUCCAAUCUCUCUCGGAGAAGAAGGAAUGCUCUGGAGACCGAUAUUUUAAUAGUCAUAGGUUCCUUUUUUUCAGUUACUGAAAUGCCAUGUAUCGAAACUUUGUUGUAUAGUUCUCACAUCCUUUAGUUUGGGUUACUUAGAGCCUGCAAUCUAGUUGAGCAGGUUACCUGCUUAAAAAUCCAAACUAAUAAUGUAAUGAUAGCCUUUCCACUAGAUGAAGAUGAAUCAAAAUGCUAAAAUAAUAUCUUUAUUAUUAUUAUUAUUAUUAUUAUUAUUUGGGGUCUCGAAAUCAGGAAAAGACAUGUUUU